GUUAUGAUCUCGAUGGAGCGCCCGCGAAGGUAGCCAACAGACUGCGCUCGUGAUUAUGCACAUUUGAGACUUCAGCGGCGACGCGGCGAGGAAUGUUCGUUCGGUUAAUCGUGACGAAAAAGGGAUUCCGUUACUAAAAACAAAUUGUCAGUAUAAAGCCCAAUUGAUAUAGCAAGAUGGAUAGGCUAUUACGGUUAGGCGGUGGUAUGCCAGGUCUAAGCCAAGGACCGCCACCCUCUGAUGCACCUGUUGUGGAUACAGCCGAACAGGUGUAUAUAUCAUCUUUGGCUCUCUUGAAAAUGCUUAAACAUGGUCGUGCUGGAGUACCGAUGGAAGUGAUGGGUCUGAUGCUGGGAGAAUUUGUAGAUGACUAUACUGUCCGCGUUAUCGAUGUCUUUGCUAUGCCGCAAACGGGAACGGGAGUCAGUGUAGAAGCCGUCGAUCCAGUGUUUCAAGCAAAGAUGUUGGACAUGUUGAAGCAGACCGGUCGGCCGGAAAUGGUAGUGGGUUGGUAUCAUUCUCACCCGGGAUUCGGCUGCUGGUUGUCCGGAGUAGAUAUCAACACCCAGCAAUCUUUCGAGGCUCUCAGUGAAAGAGCAGUAGCUGUUGUUAUUGAUCCUAUACAAUCAGUAAAGGGGAAAGUUGUUAUCGAUGCAUUUAGAUUGAUCAAUCCGAAUAUGAUGGUUCUGGGACAAGAGCCAAGGCAAACCACAUCGAAUUUAGGCCAUCUACAGAAACCGUCUGUGCAAGCCUUGAUACAUGGACUAAAUCGACAUUAUUACAGCAUUAGUAUCAACUAUCGUAAGAAUGAGCUGGAGCAGAAGAUGCUGCUGAACUUGCAUAAAAAGACAUGGAUGGACGGUCUUACUCUCGCCGAAUAUUCCGAGCAUAGUCGACUCAACGAGAACAUCGUUUCUGAAAUGCUCGAACUUGCGAAGAAUUAUAACAAGGCCCUGGAGGAUGAAGAAAAAAUGACACCCGAACAAUUAGCUAUAAAGAAUGUGGGCAAGCAGGACCCAAAACGACAUCUCGAAGAGAAAGUCGAUACGCUAAUGGCUACAAAUAUUGUUCAAUGUUUGGGAGCUAUGCUCGAUACGGUUGUAUUCAAAUAAUUUGUUUUCAAAUACAUCACUCGGAAUAUAUAUGAUAUUUAAAGGAAAUAUACAUCUUUUUAAAAUA